AUUAGAUAUAUUACUUUCUUUUGCAGUGUAUAUAUGGUUUUACUUCCGUAUUGAUUGAUUUUAAAACAGCUAUAAAAAAAAUCAAUAUAUAUACCCGUUUGGCGUCAAUAUUAACUACAAACCGAAUAAUAGAUUGACUUUCUACACCUGACUCAUUAAUAUUAUGUAUCUUGUACCUUUUUUAUUUCUGUUCUCUGUUUAUAUCUUUUUAAUGUUUUUUUCUUCUUUUACUCUCUGCUCCUUCCAUUUCUUUCUUUCUUUUUUUGGCUCAUAAACAUCCCAUAAAAAAAUACCAAACACCCUGUAUAUGUUAUAAUCAACCAAUGAAUAGAAUCUAAUUCCCGCAAUAAUGUGUAUUGGGCAGAGGAAAAUCCUCACGUCGUUCGCCAAAAGGCGCGUUUCGGUAGACUAAGUUAGUAGGGUAAGAUGGCCAUAGUUUAUUUAAAUGCAAAAAACAUACUUUUAUUUUUAUUAUUUUUUAAUUGCGUUCGGUAUAUUACUUCACUGAAGCUUUAAGUAUGUAAAACUAUCGACAUUAAAGAGAAAAUACUUAAUAAAAAUUUUUUAUUAUCAAAAUAUUGAAACAUAAACAUUGGCCAUCUUUCACAACUUUUAUGGAAGAGAUGGCCAUAGUAUUAUAAAAUAAUUGGCUAUACAAUUUUUAUGUACUUAACAUUUAUAGAAUAAUAAAAAAACGUUUAAUUUUACAUAUUUAGCUUUAUUGCCACAUAUUAUCACAUAUUUAAUUUUAUUUUUAAACAUGUUUCAUAUUAAAUGUUCACACAAGUUUCUAAUCAAUUUAACUCAUUGUUAUCAGUAAAAAAAAACAUAUAUGAUAUGUGAAAUUAAAAUAUUAGGUGCAUAACUUAAUUCUCGUCUUUUUUAAUAAAAUAUAUACAUAAACACCUACCCCCAAGCUUAUACCCCGAAAUUUCAUGGGCUAUUUUGCCCAAACUACGAGAGAAAGAUAAUCAUAAUAUUUAUUUAAAAAAUAGAAAAGGAAAUAAAAAAUAUAAUUACACAUUACAAUUUACAUACUUUUGUUACGUGGAUAACGUUCAUUGCGACAGCACAACUGUAAUUUAUUCGACAUUGUGGCAAUUUCUAAUGAACACGUGAAAAAUUUUGCAGGCAGUCAAAAGUAAAAACGUGAUGUGAUAUCCAUAAUAUCAUUAUUUUUAAUAAUAUACGCACAGAAACUAGAGUAAAUAUUUUGAUUAUCUUUAAAAAUAAUUACGAGAACACAUUAUUUAGCAAUUAUUGAAGAAAUUAUAGCCAUUGGCCAUCUUUUCCGUAUGGCCAUUAUACUUUAACUUACCCUAUAGAUGGUCCAUAAAUGUAUGGGCAGGAAUGAUCGCGAACCAAGUAGUAAGUGUUAAUCGUAUAAGUAAUUUUCUUUCGCUGAUAAAUGCAAAUAUUUUUGUCAAUGAUUUUCAGAUCGGUCCAGUGUUUCUCCCGCCGCGUCUAAAUGGCGAGAAUUAUUUGGAUUUUUUUGAAAAUCAAUUACCUGUGCCUUUUGAAGAUGUACCGCUUCAUGUACGAACACAGAUGAUUUUCCAACACUACGGAGCUUCUCCGCAUUUUCGCCGAACAAUUCGCGAUUUUUUACUCUCUAAAUCUGAAUCAGUGGAAAAAUCACUGAUUUAACCAGUGAUUUGUCACAUCACUAACGAAUUAGUGGAAUAUGUCUAAACGCGCUGCGCAAUCAGUGACUAUAUCGUCAUUUACUUAUUUACCAGUGGCUUCUAGGAGACAUGCUUAUGCACGCUCAUUGUCUUAUGCGUCCGGUGCCUUCUUUAUCUAUUUUACUGUUAUUUGAGUGUUACAAAGUGCUGUUGAGAACUUUUAGUAUACAUAUCACAUUAUUGAUAUGAGUGAUAUUAUGAAAUGGUCACCAGGAAAAGUAGCAGAAAAAAUAUUGGAUCUUACACAAAACGAAUUAACUGCUAAUAUUUUUCUAGAACAAUCUAUCAAUGGAGAAGCUCUCUUAGAGCUUUCAGAAUCAGAUUUAAAAGAACUACAAAUUAAACUAGGACCCAGAAAAAUAAUAACAAAGUUUCUUCAUGAAUUAAAAUGUAAAUCAACUGUAAUAUUGGAAAACAUUCCCAUUGAUAAUCUACAUAAAAUUCUACAAGAAGAAAAAAAUGAAGAAAUUAUAAUGUUUGAAAAUACUGCAACAUCAAGUCAACAUUUAUCACAAAAUAUAUUCAAUGAAAUAACCGGUUCUAUUGGCCCAAAUAAAGUACUUUCCACAAAAAAUUUACUAGAAGAUCAUCCCCAACAGUUUUCAUCACAAUCAGAAGCGAAUUUAAAUAUAUUCUCGCGCUAUGGAACUGUGGAGAAAACACUUGAAAAUCAUGAGCAAGGUGUCUCUAUAUUGAAAGCUAUUCGUAAAGGUUCUUUUAAUGAAUCUGAUAGAAAAGCCCUUGUGCGUAUCGUUGUGGCUGAGCUUAUUUUAGCACAAAACAAUUAUUAUCCUCCAGAUAAAGUCAAAGUAUCACUUGCAAGUGCCAUCGUUUCCGAAUUUCCUCUAUUAAAAAAUAAUGUGACAGGAUGUAAUGGUUAUGAACAUUAUUAUGAUCCCAAAACUAGACAAGGAUUCAUCGAAUUUCGAUUGUGGACAGUUCGCACAAAAUUUUCCUCUCAAAAAAAGAAGUAUUCUUCAAUGAAAAGAAAAGCACAAUGCUUGGAGAAAAGUUCCAGUGUUUCAAAUAAUGACGUAGUAGUACUCGACAAACAUGUUUUGGAAGAAAAGAUAUUGUGGAUGAAACAUAAGUUGCCAUCUGAUAGUAACAAAGAAUUAAUCAAGAAAUGUCUCAAGGAAACUUUCUCAAAUAGAAGACAAUGGAUUAUAAGCUCUGGUCCUGUUAUAUCAAAUAUUUUUGAAAAAUAUCCGCGUCUUCUUGAUUAUAAUGGUGAAAUGAUAGAACAAGAUUUUAAUAUUAUUUAUCCAAAUUGUGAAGAUAAUUUCUUGGCCAAAUUCCCUUCCUAUUAUACUACCAAAAUUCUUGGAUAUAUUAUAAAAUAUAGAUCAGAUAUAAUGAAGAAAACCAACAAUCUUCCUGUUAAUGAUGACGCUUUACGAGCUUUGAUUGCACUGACUCUCCUUUUGCCUCCAUCAAAUUCUUUAAAAAAAAUUAAUGCAGACGAUCCAAAAAAUAAGGACAAGAAAUUACAAAAAAGAGAUAAGGAAAACAUUUUAAAUACUAUUACCGAAGUUCCAAAUCCUCAUCUUAUAAAAAUUUUUCCGAAAGGAACCAAUCUUCCCUAUACUGAGCAGAAUUUAAGAACUGAGACGGAUGGCAACGUGCAACCAUAUAUUAUGUGUAUUCUAGGUCAAGAAAAGAACACUUUCUUUGUUCAGGGCGACGAGUGGUUUUUCAUGCUUCCGCAUCGAGCAACUCCAAUUGCAGCAUUUGAUCUCUUAUUUAAAUUGUAUCAAGUGCUGCAUGUUUCAUAUCCACUUUCUCUUUUAAAUUUUUAUAAUUUCAUUGAAAGCUUUAUUUAUCUGAUUAAUGUAAACCCAUCAAAUACUGUUUCUUCGUUACAUAUAAAUAUUUGCAAUGUUGUGGAAGAUGCGGAAGUUGGAGAACCAAGUAGGGAGGUUUAAUAAUAUAUAUAAUAUAUUAAUCUAUUAAUAUAUAUUCUAUUAAUAUUUUUC